AUGGAGAGCCGGCGUCUGUCCUACGGCCGCCGCUUCGGCCCCUCUGUGCCCGUGUACCGGGUGCUCCCCGCCAGCCCCCCGGGCCGGCUCCGGGUGUCCCGCAGCCCCCAGCUGAGUCCCCCCGUGGGUCCCCGCCUGGGCUCGGGCAGGGUGGAUUUCUCGCUGGCCACGGCGCUCAACUCGGAGUUCAGGCAGACGCGAACCAACGAGAAGGUGGAGAUGAUGGAGCUCAACGACCGCUUCGCCAGCUACAUCGAGAAGGUGCGGCUGCUGGAGCAGCAGAACAAGGUGCUGGUGCUGGAGCUGAACCAGGCGCGGGACCAGGAGCCCUCGCGCACGGCUGACAUCUACCAGGAGGAGCUGCGGGACCUGCGGCGCCGCGUGGAGCACUUGGCCAACACCAAGGCCCGCCUGGAGAUGGAGAGGGACAAUCUGGCCGAGGACCUUGGAAGCCUUCAGCAGAAGCUGCAGGACGAGGUGACCCUGAGACUGGAGGCUGAGAGCAACCUAGCUGCCUACAGGCAGGACGUGGACAAUGCUGCCUUGGCUCGCCUGGACCUGGAGCGGCGCGUGGGGACCCUGCAGGACGAGAUUGCCUUCCUCCACAAGGUCCACGAGGAGGAGCUGCGGGAGCUGCAGGAGCAGCUGGCCCGGCAGCGGGUGCACGUCGAGGUGGACGCGAGCAAGCCGGACCUGACGGCCGCCCUGCGUGAUAUCCGCAGCCAGUACGAGGCCGUGGCCGCCAGCAACGUCCAGGAGACCGAGGAGUGGUACAAGUCCAAGUUUGCAGAUCUGACGGACGCGGCCACCCGACAUGCCGAGGCCUUGAGGGUGGCCAAGCAGGAGGCUAACGAGUACCGGCACCAGCUCCAGGCCCUCACCUGUGACCUGGAGGCUUUGCGGGGAUCGAAUGAGUCCCUGGAGAGGCAGCUGCGGGAGCUGGAGCAGCGCUAUGCCCUGGAGACAGCCAGCUAUCAGGACACUGUGGUGCAGCUGGAGGAGAACAUCCACAGCCUUAAGGAGCAGAUGGCCCAGCACCUGCAGGACUACCAGGACCUGCUCAAUGUCAAGCUGGCCCUUGACAUCGAGAUCGCCACGUACCGCAAGCUGCUGGAGGGCGAGGAGAGCAGGAUCACCAUCCCUGUGCAGAGCUUCUCCAACCUGCAAAUCCGAGAGACCAGCCUGGACACCAAAUCUGUGUCAGAAGCCCAUGUGAAGAGGAGCAUCGUAGUCAAAACUGUGGAGACCCGAGAUGGAGAGGUGCUGAAGGAGUCCAAGCAGGAGCACAAGGAGGUGCCGUAA